CAAUGCCCACUAUUGCGUUCGUGAAGGAGAUCAGAACCAACACACCUCGGCAGUUUUCAGCGUCUAGGACUUCGUGUUCUGCAGAAGCUUGAACCAACAAGAGCAGGUGCAGAAAGAGAGCCGUCCAGCUAGCAUGAGCGGACUCCUUUUUGCUCGCCAGAGCAACCUGACUGAUACAACCAAUCUCCUAUCGAAUGAUACAAGUAUCGAUGACGACGUCCCGCUCGUACAGGAUGCCCGUUGGUACAACUUUAUCCUUUGGGCACCGUUUGUCGGAAUCCCCGCCACAAUCAUUACCGUUCGAAUCAUCAGAUAUCUCUGGCGCAUUUACCAGGCGCGGAUAUACGGUUAUGAUGAAGACCUUUUCAGCGACCCUCUUGCGGAGUUGGGCCUGAGCAUCAACCGAGGGUUCCGCAACACAAAAGACAUCCGCAAGAUUCGAAAGGAGGCAAGGAAAGCGGAGAGAAAGCUCGAGAAAGCCGGUGGUAGGGAUACGGUCCCCGGUUAUGAUGGAGCUACAUUACCAAGUCCGACUCGACGUUUCAUCACCGGCUUUGCGCCGUUCGAUGCAGCUGAGGAUUACUUCCACAUUUUGCGCAGGCGGACGCGAAAGACAUGGUCAGAGCGCUUAUCACCAGAAGCGAUGCGCAGAUGGAUAGAGACAUCCCGCUAUGCGCGGAUCUGGAUGGUGUUUCAGGUUGCCUGCACACUCUUCGCCAUCGUCAAUUACGUCCUCUUGACGUACUCGAUUGGACGUCAGGACAAGAGAUUGAUCAAGUACCUAGACCUAUGGCUGGCGACGAUGUUUCUGAUGGACUACGCACUGUCCUUUUACACUUCGGAAGAUCGUCUACGCUUUUACUUCAACAUCGCCUCCUUGGUCGAUCUCUUCUCAAUCGUCCCGCCUUUCGUGUACGUGCUGAUCAGCGAGACGUCUCAAUACGUAUGGUUUUUGGGACUGCUCCGCAUCUUGCGAGCAAGCCGAAUCUUGAGGACAUACCGGCUGCUAAGCUUCAGUGAAACAGAAGAAAAGCGAGAGCUGACGAUACUAGGACUGAGUUUUCUGAAUUUUGUGUUUCUGAGUGCGAGUAUCAUCAACGCUUUGGAGUCGAUCCACGCAAGUUCGGUUGACAAUGCCAGUCUCGAGAACUGGCACGACAGUCUAUACUAUAUCAUGGUCACCUUCAGCACAAUCGGAUUUGGAGAUCUUACUCCAUCAUCUAUUCCAUCUCGAAUCGUGGUUAUAUGCCUUAUCAUCAUCGUGAUCACCUUCGUCCCGAUUCAGACGGGAAAGAUUGCAGAGAUAUAUAACAGCACCUCAUCGUACCAACGAGCAAACUACAAAUCGCAACAAGAGCACUGCCACGUGAUUCUCGGCGGAACAGUCUCAUACACGGCGGUCAUUGAUUUCUGCCGAGAGUAUUUCGUAGCAGAUCCGGACGGUCACGUCGUUAUUCUCAACGAUGAGGAGCCGAAUCUUGACGUUCGGCGGCUACUGCGGCAUCCGUUCUACAGAAAUCGCGUGGUUUAUUUGCGCGGGACAGCUCUGAGUGCCACCGAUUUGCAGCGAUGUCAUGCGCAUUCUGCUACGGCAUUAUUCUUACUCAAUCUGGACUGCCCACCUACCGAGGAGGGUGGCGGAGGAGAAGAUGAGCAGCUGCGAGUGACGCGAGGAGUGGAUGCGCAGAUUCUUAUGCAAGCGCUUGUGGCGAAAAACGCUUUUCCUGGUCUGCCAAUCUUUGGCGAGGUGCAAGAUAUUCGAUCUCAGGAUCUCUCGCAAACGUGUGGAUGCGAUCGUGUUCUGUGCAUCGAUGAAAUAAAAAUGUCGAUUCUCGCCAGGAAUUGCCUGGUUCCGGGCAUAUUGACGCUAAUCUUCAAUCUGGUACAUACGUACAAAGACACGCACGCCAAUGUGAAUCUUCCUAUCGAUCCUGGCUUCGGGCAUGACUGGACGACGGAAUAUCAACAUGGAGCGGGGCAUCAGAUAUACGCCUUCAAAGUACCGUCCGGUCUUGUUGGAGUCCGGUUUCACCAUGUGGUGCGAGAGGUGUGGAUGAGCUUUGGGGCCAUUGUUUUUGCCGUCAUGUCCGCAAACGCAGGCUUCAAUUCGGAGCCAAUCAGGUUGAACCCAGGACGAGAUUAUCGCUUCCGGCACGAUGACAUUGCAUUUUGCGCUGCGGAGGGUGGAGACGAACUCAUGCUGCGAAUCAUGCUCGAGUACAAGGACACGGCGAUGCGCGAUGAGCUCAAUCUGGCUGAACUCGGCAAAGAAAUGGAUGUUGUGGUGGGGACUCCUAUACUCAAGACCGCACCGCUUGCUAGAAUACAGGAGUCUUACACACCUACUCGAAGCACCCAGAAUGUAAGCGAAGGUGUCGCAGCGGGACCGUCGUUUGGCUCGUCGUCGCCAGUGUGCGAAGUUUUGCCGAACUCUAUCGGAAACCACAUCAUUCUAUGCGGGGCGAUGACAUCCAGAGCCAUUCGCCACUUUGUGCGUUCCAUCAGAGGCUCAAAUGUCACCGCUGUGCCGAAUUCCCGAAGCCCGACCAGCUUGACGCCCAUCGUUUGCUUGCUGGAGUCUGUCCCGAAUCUCACAUCAGCCGAUAGUAUCUGGUCAGAUAUUCUUGGCCAUCCCGGGGUUUGGAUUAUCCGGGGGACCCCGCUCAAACGGACGAGUCUGCUUCAGGCAGGGGUGGAACGAUGUUCCAAAAUGGUUGUAUUUACAAAGAAUCAGAAGGCGACCAACGCCGGCGCUGACUUACCCGAUGCAAACUCCGUGUUCAUAGUCAAGAUGCUCCAGAAAGAAUGGCCGGAAACGCCAUUUAUCGUGGAGCUCUCCAACGGCAGCAACGUGAAGUUCUUCUCAUCCAAGGACACCGAUUGGAAUGCCGACAAUCUCCGCAUGCAGUCUAUUCUUAACAAUUACGCAUUGAGCAUUGCUGAUCGGCUUGCAUUGUACAAGAAAGUUCGCGCACAGGGCGCUUCUAAAGAGGGUACCUUCUUAUGGCGCCUGUGGGCCUUUGUAAUGGGCAAAAACGAUGAUGAGGCUAGUGCAACGGCGAAAGCUACAAAGGCCGUAGCGCAACGGCGGAAGAGCAAGUUCCCGGUUGACACAAGAGCAUCAAGAGCACGUAGUGCUUCCGGCGCACACUCAGAAGGCGCGACGGGUGCAACGCCAGCUUCGCCAUCGCAUCGUACGGCGCCUUCCACAUAUCAUUCGAUACCCGCCCGCCUUGCCUCAGACUCCGUUCAUCCGGAGGACGUGAACCUCGAUUCGGACUCGGAAAACGGCGAUGAUAUGGAAGGCGUCAGCGGCGCCAACGCGCCCGAUACGACCGUACCGCUGACAACUGCUUACCUACAACGACUCGUCGACGAGGCGGAACUCAACGCAACAGGAGUGUCGCCAUUCCCAGCCUAUCAUUUUGAUCGACACUUUGCGGCCGGCAUGAUCACAACCUCGUCAUUCAUGCACUCAUUGCUUUCGCAGUCGUAUUUCCGGCCGUACGUCGUCGAUGUGGUGCGAGCACUUUCCACACAUGUAACACAUCUUCGUGUCCCGCCGGAGUGCAUAGGGAAGAAAUAUGCGGAGCUCGUCCUCUGGUGUAUUGAGAAAGGGAUUGUUCCACUUGGUUUGCUCAGGCGGCCUCCGGCAUCUGCUACAAAGGAUAAGGAGCAUCUGCCGUAUGUUUUCACAAAUUGCAGAGGUUUUGAUAUUGUCCGAAAGGAAGAUCUCAUCUUCUGCCUGGAGGAGAUGACCUCUUGAGCGUAUACCCCAGGACACACUGUAAAGUAUGGACUAAGACUUUCCAUCUAAAAUGCGAAUUUGCAUUGGUUUCUGCAACAUUAUACGCUCAUACACGGGACUGCGGGCAGCGACGUCCGGAACGGAACGUCCGAGGUCCGCCUCAACGUAUAUGUG